CGUCGGUCUGGCACUCACCUGGUGUCGUAUACGAUAAUAUCCCCAAUAAAUUCUUCUCGUAAAGGCACCACAUCGAAAUAAAUCGCGUGUGAUUCUCAUUCUGAUUCUGAGUGCAGUUUACGUAGUAGCUUUUCAAGGAUAACAACGAAAGUUACAAAAUGUUUCGCUUUGUCGCAAUAACCAUGCUUGCCACAUUGGCAGCAGGCCAAAAUUAUCACCAGGAUCCCAAGACGGCGGCCAUCAUAAGUGAGCAGCGUUAUUUGUCUGGGGAUGGUAAAUUCGGUGCCGCAUACACACAAGAGGAUGGCAUCAACUUCAAAGAGGAGACGGAUGCGGAUGGCACUCGUCAUGGCAGCUACAGUUAUGUGGAUCCCUCCGGAGAACGUCGCACCAUUUCCUACACUGCCGGCAAAAAUGGCUUCCAAGCAUCCGGUGACCAUUUGCCAGUGGCUCCGCCAGCACCACCACAGCCCGUGCCCACGUCGGGCUAUCAGCCACAGUCGCAGUACCAGCCACAAUCCUACCAGGCACCAGCACCACAACAGUCCUCAUUCCGCAGCAACGAUUAUGGUGAUGAUGGCUCCUACGAUACUCGCUAUAACGAUCCCUCUUUCGGCCAGCAGCAACAGUCGUACCAUCAGCCAGCUCCUCAGCAACAGUACCGUCCCGCCCCGGCGCCUGUGCAGCCCUCGUACAACCCAGCCCCGCAGCAGACCUACCACCAGCCCGCCCCUCAGCCACAGCAGCCUCAGUAUCAGCCACAGCAGCAGCCCAACUAUUACACCACAACUACGCCCAAUCCUCACCGUUUCUCGCCUCCCGGCAAGCUGUCGCUGAACCGCACGCCCGAUGGCUUCACCUACUCCUUCAACAAGGUCUAAGCGCUGGAGAGAGAACUACAUAGAUUGAGCUUGUUUCUAUUGUAAUUUAAACUUUUCUCUUUCACUCUUUCUAUCUCUUACACUCUAACUCUCUUCACUUCUGUCUGCCUCACUCUUGCAUUUUCUUGAAUUUCCAUCACUUUUUCACUUUGCUGUUCGUUGUGCUGUUCUAUUGCAGUUUUUAGUAACUUCAUCGAAACUUUUUGUGAUAUGUAUAAGAAAAGAAUGAAAAUGAAACUGCCUCGUAACUCCUAUCUACGAUCCUACAUAUAUAUGGAGACUAGCAGUUUUUGUUUGUAAUUUAUAAUACUCCUCAAUGCUGUCAAAUCCAAUUCUACUCUCCUAUUGUGAAGCGAAACCAAUAAACUUGUAAGUGUGUGCGGUUGAAGACGUUUAUCAAAUGAAAAAUGUACAA